GUUUCUCAUUGCUCACCUUUAAAAAACGACUCAAUCUCAUCGUAGAUCUGGGAUUUUAUUUUUCACUCUUGUCCUCAGAUGCUGAUUUUUCUCCAGGUUGCGGUUUUAAUACUAAUACUGGUAUAUAAGUACAGCCUGGAAUCAACAAACAUCACCUUUUAUCCUGCAUUGAGGAAUUCUCAAGAUUCAGAAAUGGAUUAUGAAAAUAAAAAAUACGAAACACUAACGAAAUAUAGAGGGCAAAAAACAAAAUACAUUGUGUACGACUGUACGAAGGCCAGAAACACUUCAUGUAGUGGUUGGUCUGAUAGAAUAGCUGGUAUCAUGACCACCUUUAUCAUAUCAAUACUUGCAAAAAGACAAUUUCUUAUCAAUUUUGACACGCCGUGCUUGCUUCAGGAUUAUGUCGUACCAGCUCACUACGACUGGCGAUACAAUUCUUCUAUACUUGUGAACAGGACAAGUUCGUAUCAUUAUUUAAAAGGUCGUCAUUAUAAGAAGAUAGAUAAAUACAUGUUUGGUGGUUCUGACUUUAAUACCUACUUCAAACACGACGUGGACUUUCUUCUAAUGAACUGGGAUUUUAUCAAUGAGUUCAGAAAAAGACCAAAUAUAGCAUAUGAUAUUCCGUGGAUUACAAAAUAUCACCAGGUUGAUAUUUACAAGCAUGUUUAUAAUCUCCUCUUUAAACUCUCAUCUUUGUCUGUUCAUGCAUUGAACCGUCAUUACCGAACAAAGAGAAGGCGGAACAAGAUAGCAUGUGCCCAUAUCCGCAUUGGGGAGAAUCCAAACAUGCCUGAAAUUGGCACUCGUAAUCGACCUGUACCUUCAUUGAAAGUUUUAUGGGACUAUUUUGACAGUUUAAACAAGAAUGAGUACGAUUUGUUUAUUGCCUCUGAUACAGAUGGUGUGAAGACAUUUGCUAAGGAACGGUAUCCUGAAAACAUGAUAGACACCCCGGGAAAAAUAACACACAUUGACCAACCAUAUAAGAACGAUCCAGUAGAAGGGUUUCUCAAACAGCUGCUGGAUUUCUACAUAUUGUCAGAAUGUGAUAUACUCGUCAUUCCACCGAAGAGUGGGUUUAGCAUGUUAGCCGCGUUCAUCAGGAAUAAAGACGACGGUAUAUUUUGUUUGAAGAAAGAAGAACUUGUACCAUGUUCAAGGUACACAAUGACUGAUAUUUUACCUGAAGGGAAAUUCGGUAUUAAGCUGAUGGGAAAAAUCGGAAAGCAAAGGAGCACGUCAUAGGCAUGUGGAUUGUAUAAAAUGAUGUUUUAAGUGUAUUUUUCUGACUUUUUGUUAUACCAGAAAAGCCAUAUUAAAAUAUCAGGUAAUGUU